UUUUUUUACACAGCUGGAGCUCGCCAUAAUUCACAAUGGCGUCCAAGAUCACGCUCGCCGUCGAGCCGCGGGGCAAACCCAUCAAGAAGCUCCCCAAGACCGUCACGGUCACCCUUAGCUCCAAUGGCGAGGAGCUGCACAAUGCCAUCGCCGAAGCAUCCGGUGCCUCCGUCCACCGUCUGCGCAUCACCAAGGGAAGCGACCGCAGCGUGAUUCCCAACGACAAGCGCACCACCAUCGACGACACCGGCCUCCGGGAGUCGAGCGUGAUCCACGUCAAGGAUUUGGGUCCCCAGAUCGCAUGGCGCACCGUAUUCAUCAUCGAAUACCUUGGGCCCCUCCUGAUCCCAGCGCUUUUCCUCUAUCCGCUUCGUCCCCUCCUGUACUUAAACUUCGACAAUAUCCCUGCGCCCUCCGAUACCCAGGUCCUAGUCUGCGCACUCCUAACCCUGCAUUUCCUGAAGCGCGAGUACGAGACCAUCUUCGUGCACCGCUUCAGCAGCGCCACCAUGCCCGCCCGCAACAUCUUCAAGAACAGCGCACACUACUGGGCACUGUCCGGAUUCAACAUUGCCUACUGGGUCUUCCGCCCCGACGCGGGCGCCGCUACUGCACACCCCAACCCAGUCCUCUUGUAUGCCGGACUUGCGCUUUUCAUAUUCAGUGAGCUGGCCAACCUGAAUGCCCACAUGGUUCUGCGUGAUCUGCGCCGCCCCGGUACUACUGAGCGGGGUAUUCCCCAUGGGUUCGGGUUCAGCUGGGUUACUUGCCCUAACUAUUGCUUCGAGAUCUUGGCUUGGAUUGGUGUGUUCCUCGUCAGCCAGCUGAGCUGGAGUGUCCUUGUUUUCACUCUUGUUAGUGGUCUACAGAUGUGGAGCUGGGGGUGGAAGAAGGAGAAGCGAUACCGCAAGGAGUUCGGUGACAAGUACAAGAAGAAGCGUACUGUCAUUCUCCCCUUCCUCUGUUAA